GGGGCGCCCAGGACCGGCCGGACCUGUGCGACCCGGGGCCCCGGUUGUCUGGGGAGCCUGUCACUUCGAGAAGGCAGGUUCUUCCGGGGCUGGGACAGCUGUGGGCGGCAGGAUGCCGCGGUGCCUGCAAACUCAUAAAUACCGCCACCUCACUGGUGGCCGGAGACGUGCGCGCGUGCGGGCAGCUGGCGCCCCGAGGCAUCUGGAUAACCAUCCCCUUGAAGACCUCCCCGCUAUCCUGCCUCCCUCCCCGCGUUGCCUGAUCUCCCUCCACUCUCCAUCUUCCCAGCCCCUUUGUGCUGUUCCUGACGGGAUCUGAUCUACUGUGGACCCCUCCACUUCCCCAUCUGCCCCCCACACUGCCCCCUUACCAUGAGCCCCCUUUGUCCCUGCUGUCUGCUCCUGGUUUUCUCCUUGGGAGUCCAGGGGACCCCAGUGGCUCCCAGGGCUGCCCCUGAGCAAGUCCACCUGUCCUACCCAGGUGAGCCGGGCUCCAUGACUGUGACCUGGACCACAUGGGUCCCCACCCCGUCGGAAGUGCAGUUCGGCCUGCAGCUAACGGGGCCCCUGCCCCUCCUGGCCCAGGGCACCUUCAGCCCCUUUGUGGAUGGGGGCGCUCUCCGGAGGAAGCUCUUCAUACACCGGGUCACGCUGCGGGGGCUGCUGCCGGGGGUCCAGUACGUUUACCGCUGUGGCAGUUCUCAGGGCUGGAGCCGUCGGUUUCGCUUCCGGGCCCUGAAGAAUGGUCCCCACUGGAGCCCCCAUCUGGCUGUGUUUGGGGACCUGGGGGCUGACAACCCGAAGGCCUUCCCGCGGCUGCGCAGGGACACCCAGCAGGGCAUGUACGAUGCUGUUCUCCAUGUGGGAGACUUCGCCUACAACAUGGAUCAGGACAAUGCUCGUGUCGGGGACAAGUUCAUGCGGCUCAUCGAACCUGUGGCCGCCAGCCUGCCCUACAUGACGUGCCCUGGGAAUCACGAGGAACGCUACAACUUCUCUAACUACAAGGCCCGAUUCAGCAUGCCAGGGAACAAUGAAGGCCUGUGGUACAGCUGGGAUCUAGGCCCUGCCCACAUCAUCUCCUUCUCCACGGAGGUCUACUUCUUCCUCGGUUACGGCCGCCACCUGGUAGAGAGACAGUUCCACUGGCUGGAGAGCGACCUCCAGAAAGCCAAUAAGAACCGGGCAGCCCGGCCGUGGAUCAUUACCAUGGGCCACCGGCCCAUGUACUGUUCCAAUGCUGAUUUGGAUGACUGUACGUGGCAUGAGAGCAAGGUUCGCAAAGGCCUCCGUGGCAAGUUCUACGGGUUGGAGGAUCUUUUCUACAAAUACGGGGUCGACCUGCAGCUGUGGGCUCAUGAGCACUCCUACGAACGCCUGUGGCCCAUUUACGACUACCAGGUAUUUAAUGGCAGUCGAGAGAUGCCCUACACCAACCCCCGAGGCCCGGUCCACAUCAUCACGGGAUCUGCUGGUUGUGAGGAGCGACUGACCCCCUUCUCCCUCUUCCCGCGGCCCUGGAGCGCCGUGCGCGUGAAGGAGUAUGGGUACACGCGGCUACACAUUCUCAACGGGACCCACGUGCACAUCCAGCAGGUGUCGGACGACCAGGACGGGAAGAUUGUGGAUGACGUCUGGGUGGUGAGACCCCUCACUGGCCGGAGGAUGUAUCUCUAGGCACAGGGGCAGCUGUCAUCAGCAACCUUGGGCCUCGCUGCCUUGGCUCGUGUGACCUGACUCUGCCUAGGCCCAAGUGGAGAGUUGGGGCAGGUUGACUCCCAGCCCUUCUGAGGCCCCGUGUGGGGUGGAUGCAGUCCCGAAGCAGCUGGAGCAGCUCUCCCCUCCUGGAGAGGUGGGGGUACCCUCCGGCUGCGAUGGGAGGGCCAACGUGCAGGCGCAGAGCAAAGCAGGGCAGGUGUGGGGCGGCGCGGCCCUGCUCUCCUGCAUAGCACGGACAGGGUGGGGCUCCCAUGGGGCCCCGGGAAUAAAGAGGCUUAUAGCUGUGGCCAUGGACUCUGCACUUCUGCGGGGGAUGCCCCCUGGGCCGUCAGGUCGAGGGGCAUCACCAGCCCUAAGUCAGCAGUGGGCACGGCUGUCAUGACACUACUCUCCAGCAGGUGGCAACAGUGACUUUCUCCUCCUAGGCCGGCCCUCAAUGCUCCUAACGCCUGAGGAGCGCCUCAGUCCCAGCCCAGCAUUGAGAAGUGUUAACACACCCGACUCCAAGCUGGGGGUGCUUGCAAGCCUUAGGAUCUCACACACCUUCCAUUUUCCUCCCCUUUCCCUUCCUUUUCUCCUCCCUGUCUCUAUCCCCUUCCUUUUCAUGUACUCACCUGUUAUUUAUUGGGCAUCUCCCAUGUGCCAGGCCCUGGUCUCAGUCCUGGGAGACAGCUAUGAACAAGCCAGAGAUCUCUGCCUUCACGGAGCUGAUACUCUAACCAGGGGGUCAGACAGCAAACACAAUAAAUAAGAAAAAUGUAAAGCAGGGUAUAUACUGGUAAGCGCUCUGAAAAAGCAGGGAAGGGGCCUGCGGGGGGACAGUUGCAGUUUUUACAAGGAUAAUCAGGGAGACCUCACGAGGAGGGUGACAUUUGAUCUGAAGGAGUCUGAGAGAGAAGCCACAGGGACAGAGUGUUUCUGGCAGAGGAACAGCCUGUGCAAAGGCCCUGAGGCAGAAACAUGCCGGCCCUGGCAGGGUAUCAGUGUGGAGGCGAGUGCAGCCAGGGCAGAGUGAGUAGGGGAGGAUAGAGACAGGGAGCUGAUGGUGAAAGAUCGUGUGGGGCCUUGUGGGGCCCAAGAGGACUUUGUCCUUUUUCUGCAGGAGGGCUCUGAGUCAGUGACAGACACUUCUGACCGUAGGAGGCCUAGGCCACGCUGGGCGCUGGUCCCAGGGCUGAGAGCUUCCCCGGGGCCUCCCGUGGGCUCCCAGCCCUGCAGGCCGAUCUCGCAUUAUUGCUCCAUGAGCUGCAUAGGCUUCCUCACACUUACUGCUGUGCCCACGGCACACCAGCUUCCUGCGGUUUCUUGAAUUAUGCGAGGCUUUUUCUCACCCUGCGCGUGCCCUCUCCCCGGCUCAUCCUGGGCUGGCACCUUCUCAGCCUGAGCUCUCCGCCUCCCCUGACAGCCCCAGCGAACAGAGCUGCCAUCGUUCUGUCCCAUCCCUGCUUCACUGCACUUCGCUCUUCACUUCCUGGAAAUCACGGACUGAUUUAUGCUUGUCCAUGGUCAGUCAAGCCCUGGGGCUAAGGGUCUGUGCGGGUGGAGACCAGGGCCAUCUUGUUCAUUUGUGGGUCUCUCACCUCUACCAACCCUUCCCAGACCCCUUCUCAGGCCGGGCAGUGGCCCCGCGCCCCCUCACCCCAGCCCCGCCCAUCCUGGGCCGGCACUGUCUGGGGGUGGCUCUGUCUCCCCCACUGGACUGUCAGCCCCGGGAGGGCGGGGCCCGGGGCUCAGCCCAGCACAGCCCAGCACAAGAGAGGCACUUCAUAAAUAUUUGUUGCCUUAAUGAAGGCCACCACAUGCCAGGCUCUAGCUGGACAAUGCCAGGGACACCCCGGGGACAGGGAUGAAUCAGCCCCAGCUGGGCCCUGUAGUUCACCGGCGAGCAGAGCAAGGCGGUUACCCAACUUGGGCAACAUGCAAUGAGGGAAGGCCACUGAGGGAGGCACCCGGCCUGUGAAGUCGCCAGCCGCAGUGUCAUGCAUCACUGGUGCCUGAGCCCGUGCCCACGUGGGCCUGGCCCGUUCCGUCCCAGGCCAGGGGAGGCUGUGACAGGCCUGGGCGGGAGGUCCACAGAGCGCGAGGGCCUAGCACUGGGGCUAGACAGAAACGGGGUUUGAAUCUCAGCUCUGCCACUUGCUGUGGGAUGUGGCAUCACCAGCCCGCUCUGAAUGUCAGUUUCAUCAUCUGUCACCAAAGAAUGAUCGUACUUUAUGGCAUUGCC